AUGUUGUCGCGAAGCUCUCUCCGGACCGCGCAGGUCCUCCGCGCUGCUGCCCAGCCCCAGCAGCUCAGCCGAUCCUUCGCCACGGUCCAGUCCGACAUCUUCAAGCCCGCCAAGUUCGGCGGCAAGUACACCGUGACCCUGAUCCCCGGUGACGGUAUCGGUGGAGAGGUUGCCGAGUCCGUCAAGACCAUCUUCAAGGCCGACAACGUGCCCAUCGAGUGGGAGCAGAUCGAGGUGUCCGGCGUCGAGGAGAGCGCGCUGCGGACCGAGGAGGCGUUCCGCGAGAGCGUCGCCUCGCUCAAGCGCAACAAGCUGGGCCUCAAGGGCAUCCUGCACACGCCCGUCAGCCGCUCCGGCCACCAGAGCUUCAACGUGGCCAUGCGCCAGGAGCUGGACAUUUACGCCAGCAUCUCGCUGAUCAAGAACAUCCCCGGCUACGAGACGCGCCACAAGGACGUCGACCUGUGCAUCAUCCGUGAGAACACCGAGGGCGAGUACUCGGGCCUGGAGCACCAGAGCGUGCCCGGCGUCGUCGAGUCGCUCAAGAUCAUCACCCGCGCAAAGUCGGAGCGCAUUGCCAAGUUUGCCUUUGCCUUUGCCCUCGCCAACGGCCGCAAGAAGGUCACCUGCAUCCACAAGGCCAACAUCAUGAAGCUGGCCGACGGUCUGUUCCGCAGCACCUUCCACCAGACCGCCAAGGAGUACCCCACCCUCGAGGUCAACGACAUGAUUGUCGAUAACGCCUCCAUGCAGGCUGUUUCGCGCCCUCAGCAGUUUGACGUCAUGGUCAUGCCUAACCUGUACGGAGGCAUCCUGUCCAACAUUGGUGCCGCCCUGGUUGGUGGCCCCGGUAUCGUCCCCGGCUGCAACAUGGGCCGCGAGGUUGCCGUCUUCGAGCCCGGCUGCCGUCACGUCGGUCUUGACAUCAAGGGCAAGGACCAGGCCAACCCCACUGCCAUGAUUCUCAGCGGCAGCAUGCUCCUGAGACACCUUGGCCUUGACGACCACGCCAACCGCAUCUCCAAGGCUGUCUACGGCGUCAUUGCCGACGGCAAGGUCCGCACUCGCGACAUGGGCGGCGAGUCCACCACCCACGAGUUCACCAAGGCCAUCCUUGACCGCAUGGAGACCAUCUAA